AUGUCGCGUUUUGUGUGGUUGGUGUUGGCUUUGGGCUGUACCCCGGGGGCAAGGGCGGCGUCGGCCGGGGCUUCACACAGCUGCGUCGUUCUGGUGGGCGGCAAAAUCAAGUGCUGGGGUGAGAAUUACUGGGGCCAGGUAGGCCAGAACGACAACCUCGUCCGUGGAGAUGACGCCUCCGACAUGGGCGACAGUCUCCCGUAUGUUCCCUUGGGGGAAUUCGAAGCCAGCUUGGUCGCCUCUGGGAGCGAGUUCAGCUGCGCCCUCGCCGUCGACGGGGCCGUCAAGUGCUGGGGCCGCAACAGCUCCGGCCAGCUAGGCUUGGGCGACAAUGAGACGAGGGGUGGGCAGGACGACGCGUUCGAGAUGGGGGACAACCUACCCGUGCUUGACCUGGGCACCGGCGUCGCCGUGGAAAGCAUCGCCCUCGCGGGCUCGCACGCAUGUGCUGUACUCGCCGACGGGAACUUGAAGUGCUGGGGGGAGAACGAGGGAGGACAGCUAGGUCUGGGAGACACGUUGACCAGAGGGAACGCCAUGGGCCAAAUGGGAGACAACCUCCCGUUUGUGGACUUAGGGGACGAAGUGCUUGUAUCAUCGGUUGCUCUAGGGGCGAGACACACGUGCGCGGUAGUCGGGGACGGCGACGUGAAAUGCUGGGGUAAUAACGACGGUGGCCAGCUGGGUUACGAGGAUACGGCUGCGAGGGGCAUCGCUGUCGGUCAGAUGGGGGACUUGCUACCUGCGGUGGACCUUGGAACGAAGCAGAGGGCAAUCGCAGUUGCGGCCGGAUUCUUCCACACCUGUGCCCUGCUUUACACGGGUGACAUCAAGUGCUGGGGUUUUGGAUCAAAUGGUCAGCUAGGGCAAGGCAGCAAUGCCUCAAUCGGGAACGCCGUCGAUAGCAUGGGCGACAACUUUGGGCCUGUAGAUCUCGGCGCUGACCGAACGGCCAUCGCCGUGUCCCUGGGGGGGACUCACUCAUGUGCAGCGUUAGACGAUAGCACGGUGAAAUGCUGGGGCGGCAACUCAGUGGGGUCACUGGGACUCGGCGACUCGCUGAACCGUGGAUUGGGCCCGGGCGAGAUGGGCGACAACCUUCCGACCGUAGGCCUAUCCUUCGGUCCUGGUCUUGGAGCGGCCUCCAACGUUUUCGCCGGGAGAUUUCACACCUGCGUCUCCGGAGCAGAAGGGGGUUUGGCGUGCUUUGGUCUCAACGCAGGAGGGCAGCUGGGAUCGGGGAGUGAUGAAACCAAUAUCGGGGAUGAACCCGGAGAAGUCAAGGAGUUAACCUCGAUCGAUUUGGGGGCGGGCGAGGUUGUGUCCGUCCCAGACGCACCGGGCUUGGGCGUGGCGUUAGAAGGUCAGACAAGCCCCCCACAUGGAAGUGAUGCUGGUCGUGAGGUUGUCAAUGUCGUAUGUAUCUCCGAGCUGUGA